AUGUGGACAGCCCUGUAGCAGCUGUACUGGGGCAGUUUUUGCCUGUUCCAGAUGAACUGGUUGUGAAUGAACAAGAGUUUGAAAAUGGACCCUUACAACCAGUAGCUAGCACUGCUGCCUUCCAUCUAGAAUCAGAUCAGCAUGGGCCAGUGAAAAUAACCACAGAGGGCUUACCUUUUUGUUCAGAGGUUACAAAGCCUAAGAAACCAUGUAACUGCACGAAAUCUCUGUGCCUUAAAUUAUAUUGUGAUUGCUUUGCCAAUGGUGAUUUUUGCAACAACUGCAACUGCAAUAAUUGUUACAACAAUCAGCUUCAUGAAACAGACCGAUUUAAAGCCAUUGAGCUCUGUCUUGACAGAAAUCCAGAAGCUUUCUUGACAAAGAUUGGGAAAAGGAAACUAGGAGAAAUUAGACCUCACCAUAACAAAGGAUGUAACUGCAAGCGCUCAGGAUGCCUCAAGAAUUAUUGUGAGUGCUUUGAGGCUAAAAUUAUGUGUUCCUCUAUUUGCAAGUGCAUUGGUUGCAAAAAUUUUGAAGAAAGUCCAGGUGGAAAAAACCAGUUGAAUGUGCUAAACUGCAUGGACAUUGGGAAUAACGAAGGAAAUAGCCCAGUUCUAACAUCAACAUUCAAAACAUUACCAAAACUGAAGAAAGACAGGCCACCAGCUGUAUGUAUAUCUUGGGAAGAAGUGAAAGCAGUAUGUGCUUAUCUCCUGAUGCAAGCUGAAGAGGCAGAAAAAAGAGGUUACUCUGGCUGUCUAGCUGAGAGGAUGAUCAUGGAAGAAUUUGGGAGAUGUUUGUCCCAGAUCCUACAUGCUAAUUAA